UCCGUGACAAAUUUGAAAUGUUCGUUCCUAUAUAUGGCUCUAUUCCAAGUCAAACAGCUCACUUGCAUGUGUGGCCGGAGCAAAGUCAACUCAGCAGGCAUAAUCCCCUACGUGACUUGGUAUAUUUCAUGCAUGACGUCUUCUUCUCAUCCCUCGCCAUUAGAUUCUCUCGAUGGAGGCGGCGGGGCACCGCGCUUGUAAGGUUUGAAAACGACAAUUCUCGAUCUCUGCGUUCGAGUUCGACGCCGCCAACGCCUAUAAAAAUCCUCUCCAUACGUCUCUCCCCUAGCUUUGAUCCUUCUCCAUUCCAUCAAUGGGCGACGCCGGCGACGGUGACGAAGAACUCGGUCGGCUACUUGGCCUUUAUAAUGUUCCAGCAGUUGCUGCUGCGCCUCAGCCGCCGGUGGCCCUGCUCUCGGGACAGAGAGGAGCCAAGCGGGAUCUGUCGGCAAUGGUGUCGGCACUGAAGCACGUCAUUGCAGGGGAUCAGCUGCAGGUCGUGUGCUCCGGCAGCUCCUCUUCCCUGCCCGGAGACUCCACCGGUGGGGAAAGGGAGCCGUUGCCGAAGAGUGGGCCGGCUUGGAAAUAUCAACAAGACGUCAGUGAUCGACUUAGUCAGUCACCGGCCUCAGUGGCAGCCAGCAUAGCAAGUAAUAUUCCAUCUCCGGCGAAGGCAGAAGGAAGAGGAGGGCCAAGGAAGUACAGAGGAGUCCGGCAGCGGCCAUGGGGGAAAUGGGCAGCGGAAAUAAGAAACCCUCAGAAGGCACAGCGCGUGUGGCUGGGCACCUUUGAGACUGCUGAGGGUGCCGCCCGGGCGUACGAUGAGGCCGCUCUCCGCUUCAGGGGUAGCAAGGCGAAGCUCAACUUCCCAGAGGAUGCCCGACUCCUCCCUCCGACGGGCACCGCUCCUCCAGCAGCCAGGUUUGCCCAGAGCAAAUAAUCCGGUCAUGUGACAAAAGACAAUUCGCUCACCCCCUAGUGUCCGCGUCAACUCAUCCCUAUGUCAACACAGAGAAGGUAAAUCACAUAUGACUAGCAAAUAGCCAAAGUAUAGAAAAAUGUAUACUCGGACGCGCUGAAUUUCGACUUCAAAAACUCAUGUGAUACACAUAUUAGAACUACUAUGUUUUAAAGAUAGAUUUUGUUCAAGGAAAGAGUUUAAAGACAA